GAAGUAGGGUUAGGUUAAACCAUUCUCAAAAGUGUUGACACUUGACUUGACACCUAUGCAAGCAAAUUGCUACGCGAUAACAACAUUGUGUAUUUGGCACAACAAAAUAAGUGAUGUUGGAGAAUACUGCGACUAUCACGGACUUUUAAGGUUCUUUCAAAUUCGAAGUGUUCAAAUCAUUCCCUUAUUAAUAGUGUUGUGAAAUCUUUAAAGAAAAAAUGAUUGAAGCCGUAGCCUCCUUACUUACUGGACCAGUUUAUUUGUCUGGAGAAAAUGUUGAAUGUAGCAUAACUUUCACCAAUCCUCCAGUCCCACAACACAAAACAUCUCAAAGUUAUAGUGAUGGGUUAGAAAGCCUCGCAUGGGCAAGUGCUCAGAUUCACUGCCAGUGUUCAACAAAUGGCAAAGUUACACAUCCCAAAACGAACACUUUGGCUGCCGAAGAAUUGUCCAUUACUAAUAAGGAUACAUCAUUUGCACCAUGCAGAGGAGAAAAUGGUCACGUUGUGCUGUCUACCAAACCCAAAAUUUUAUUUUGUGAUUUGAGGCUUGCCCCAGGAGAAAGCAGGACCUAUGUUUAUCGUGAAAUUCUUCCAAGUGAGGCCCCACCUUCAUAUAGGGGUCAAGCUGUGAAAUACUCAUACAAAAUAACUGUAGGGAUGCAGAGAGUAAACUCUCCAAUAAAAUUAUUGAGAGUUCCAUUUCGGGUUCUAGUAGUCAACGGUCUUCCUGAUAUCAGUGUCUGUGGGGACAGUGAGGAUUUAGCACCAAGCAACCCAUUUUUAGAGACUGAGGAGAAAGAAACUCCUCUUGAUAUUGCUCUUCAAGUUUUGCAGAACAUCACAGCACGAAGAACUCCUAACUUUUACAACAUAACAAAUCAAAGAGGGAAAGUUGUUCGAUUUUGUAUCUUCAAAAACUCUUAUAAACUUGGGGAGGAUAUAGUGGGAACCUUUGACUUCUCAGCCACAACUGUACCCUGUGUGCAGUUUUCAGUUACUCUUCAAAGUGAAGAAGAAAUUGCAGCUGACAGCCGUCGCUGGGCAAAACAGGCCUCGGCUGUUGUGUCAUACAGCAAGCAUCAUGAAGUUUGUUUGAAUUUAAAAUACUCCCAACUGAUUUUACCUAUCCCACUUCACAUAACUCCAGCUUUUACAACUCCAUUAGUAACUUUAAAGUGGCGUCUUCACUUUGAGUUUGUCACAACUACAACAGCUCUUAGCCAGCAGGUGAGCAGUGACAUUAAAAGCAACAUGUGGCAAGGCCCAGGUUCAUUAGAUAUUGAAACAAUGGUUUGGAAUCUUCCUGUUAAUAUAUACCCUACAACACCAUCACAAGUUGCUCAAGGCUUACAAGCCCAAACAAAGCAUACUAUUAGCAUCUAAUUAGGACAGAGACUUUGUAACUUCAACCUGUUAUAUUAUGUCUAAAUAAGAGGGAUAUGUUUUGUUUUAUUAUAUAUUUUAUUAUCAACUCAAUUUAGGAAAUUAUAAAUAUUCAACUUGUUACAACAUGUGUAUAAAAACUCUGACAAUAACAUUACAUAACUUCUAUCUAGGUAAAUGUAUUGGUAAAUCACUACCUACCUAAGUAAUCUAAAAUAGAUGUUGUCUCUGAGCAAGAUCAGUUCAAAUAAAAUACUUCUGAUUUACAA